CAUAUACAUAUUUCAAAUCAUGAAAUAUCGCAAUCGUCAUCCCCGCCCAAAAAAAAGAAUCGCAGUCACGUCCCUAACUUUCCCGUGAAACAACCCAACUUUGAGUUGAAUGCUCAGGCUUCGAGGCCGAUGGCAGCCAUCGAUAUGAUCGACAAGGCAGUGCUUAAGGCCUAUAGCGAAAUACUCGCCACUGGAGGUGCUGUCUCAUCUUGGCAAGUGUCUCAAGCUGCUCUGGUAAUACUUCAGGCCGACAGUUGGGACUCUCUGGGGUUCCAAAUGCAGAAAGUGCCCUCCCUUCACCGUCUUAUACUCCUUGAAGGAAAGGAACUAUCUUGGAUGUUCAAAGCUGCUUUACACUCUCCCUCAUGGCAAAGAUCUUGAAGUUUAUCUCACUGUCUCUACACCAGAAGAAGAAGAUGUUGAUGCUGCUAUUUGGGAGAAAACCAAUGCCAACAUACGUGUCUGGUUGUGGGACUCCAUGGAUCCCAAGUUCCCAACAUUACAAGUACAUGUUUAUACAUGGACUCGGCUAAAUAAAUCUGAGAUUUCAUAAAACAGUCCUACUCCGUUGCUACAGAUGGCGCUUUUGUCUAUGACUUAUGGCUCCAAACGACGAAUCUUAAGUAAGAUUCAAAAUCUGUCACAAAAUAUGCUACUGACCUCCAACAACGAUGGUCCGAGCUUGAGCAAUAUCAAACAAUGAAGUGGACUAAUGCUGCAGAUGCAACUCCUCACAAGAACUAUAUAAAUUAGCAACAUAUAUAUUGCUUAUUGUCUGGUUUAAAUCUAGAAUACGAUCAGACCGGAGCUAAAAUUCUGGGCAUUACUCCUCUAGCUUCCCUAUCUUCUGCCAUUGCCACUAUCAAACAUGAAGAGAGUAGACACAAUAUAAUGAUGAAUACAAAGCUAAUUGACAGUACGGCCUGUGCUGCCAAGUUUACUUCUUCAGAUGUAAUAAUUUAUAACCUAGCCGGUGGAUAGUGCAUAUAAAGGCAGUUGUAAUUUCAUAUAUUAUCUUGUUGGGAAAAGGGUCAAAUAGGCCCUCGAACUAACUUAAAAAAGUGCAAAUCACCCCUUAUAUAGGAGGCUCUGUCCGGCCGUCGCUAUUUGGGGUGAUUCCCAGUGGAAUUUUUUGAUGAAUUUUUUUGAGCAACUUCUUCAUCAAGUUUAGUUUACUCAUACCAAAUGUUAGAUAAACUUUCAAUCGGGAAGGCAGUCAAAUGAAUUUUUGAAGAUAAAUGCGCUGUUAAACAGCGCAGUACAUUUCAGAAAAUCAUUUGGCUGUCUUCCCGGUUGAAUUUUUAUCUGAAAUUUGGUUUGGGAAAACUAGACUUAAUGAAGAAGAUGCUCAAAAUAUUUCGUCAAAAAAUUCCACCGGGAACCACCCCAAAUGGUGACAGCCGGACAGAGCCUCAUAUAUAAGGGGUGAUUUGCACUUUUUAAGUUAGUUCGAGAGCUUAUUUGACCAUUUUCCCUUAUCUUGUUUGGUCUGGUGUACUUGUUCACUUCAUAUGGUUAAAGAUUUCAUUUUCAAUACUCUUCAUCAAUUUGAUUAAUUUCCUUUAUUAAGGCUAUCGAGCUCCAAUGCUUAUUAACUUUGUUAUUAAUAAGGUUAUGUCAUUGCCACCAACUGUAUUCUGCUUUUGCCAUUUCUUUCCACUAAUGUAUUGUGCUUCACUUAAUGGGUGAUCACUAAAGUUGAAUAUAUAUGAUAGCUGGAUUAAGAUGGGGGUGGGGAUUAACUUUGCCCAAUAUUUGUAGGGAAAUGAAUGCAGUUCAGACAUUACAUUUGUAUUCAUUUGAUAGUGGGAGGUGUUUACGAUUCUUUAUAAAAAGUUCUUAUAAUUUUAUCUUUAUUAUUGUAGAUAAAUUCUUUCAUUCAUUGCUUUGUUGCUACUCAAAGAAUGACAACAUUGCAUGACUUAGAAAUUGCGAUAUGCAAAUCAGAGAGGGUUGAGCAAUUUGAAGAACUUGAAUUGGGGCCUUUGGUAAAGCACCCAUUAGUUGUACAUUAUUUUUCUCUAAGCGCAGAUGUCACAGAAGUCUGCAGAAUAAAAAGUGCAGAAAUAAUGUCUUUGCUUUUUGAGUUCAUGGAUAUCGGUAAACAUAAAAAAGUAGAUAUGGAGGAUCUUUUGGAUUUUAUUGCAAAGAAACAAUCUGUAACAUCCAAGGAAAGGCUUGGUGUGCGAAUCCAAAGCUUGGGGAUGCAUAUCUCUUUGAUUCGACAAGCAAAGCAGUUAGAAGUCACUAGUGUGACUAGAUAUUUAAAGACACCGAAAAACAGAUUUAAAAAAGCCAAAGAUCGUGCUUUUUCAUCCUUACAGUCACAGAAAAAGCAGAUGGAUGUACAUUUCAAUGAUAUAAUAGAGCAUGUCAAAUCGUUCUCAUCUGUUAAUGAAAUUGGUACUGGUAAGCAUGUAUCAUUGAUAUCAUCCUGUUCCGAGGGUAGUUCCAGUGAUGAUGAUGAAUCUGAAGGUGAAGAAUUUGCACAGGUGGGAUACAGCAAGAGUAUUAAACAAUCCAAAAGAAAAAGAAAACACAAAAAUAUUCAGAGUCCUGUUACUCAUGCUACAAAAAUCUGCAAAACAGAAAGAACACAAACACCAUGCAAUAGACAAGUGUGGACAACCCAUUCUGGUGAGAAGAAUAUAAAGGCAGGGGACCAGGGAAAUAUUGACUCAAUAGAUUGCUCAUAUGGCAGUGAUUCAAUGAAGAUGUUCAUUACUACUUGGAAGGAAACAUGUCAAACAAACAAUGUGGAUGAGGUGUUUGAUAAGAUGAUUCAGUUUUAUCCAACAAGAGAAAAAUCAAGAUCAUCAGCAAGAGAGUUGUUUUCCACGUACCCAUGCGUUGGAUUGCUGCAUAUUGCUGUGACAUCCAUUAAAAGUGGAAUGUUGGAUAGCAUGUAUGACACCUUCCAAAAUGUGUGGCAACCUGAAGUUGCAAACAAAAGAUCUGAGAAUCGUUCUGAUUUUAUAUCCAUUGAUGUUGAAUCAUCAUCACCUUCACCAUCACCAUCACCACCAUCAUCACCUAGAAGGAAUGUGUCCAACCUCCCUAAAAAACCUGUGGAGCCUGAGCAUGGUGUCUCAGUUGAGGACAUUGCGGGAAAAAUUUCUGCAUAUUUGGAGGUUGACAAUGACAGAUUUAACUCAUUCACUGAUAAGUUAACCAUCUUGAGGAAACUAUGCAAACUUGAAUCUUGGGUAUCAGACCAGUUCUCCUGUAAGGCAUUUGAGUCACUUGGUUAUGGAGAUAUUUGGUCCUUCAUGGAAAAGCAUAUGCAAUUUAUUGUAUGUGCUCUGCAGAGGAGCAUGAGAAGUGAUAUUGGUGAGAAUCUUCCCCUGAAAGCCUCCAUGUUUGAGCGACAGUUUGAUGUCUUUGUAUCACAGGCUUUACACCGUGUAUUGGAUAAUGAAAAGUUAAACCUGCAAAAGGUUUCUGAGUUGCUAACUAGACAAUUCCCCUCGGUAUGUUUUCAGCUGGUACAGAGUGAUUUGUUGGAAGACUUUGAUGAUAGUAAAAAGGAGAAAGCUGCCACAAGCUCGAAGUGUAUAAUAUUUUCUGAAACUUUGUUAAAAGCUGAUGGGUUGAGUAAAAGCGGGUUAAAUACCUCGGAAAUAUCUGUCUUAGAAUUUAGCAUGGGAAGAGAUGCUUCUUCUCACACUCUUGUAACAUCCAAAGAUGUAAUGCAAGUUUUGCUCAAAGCCCCGAUGCUUACAGAUUUAAGAUUGUGGUCUCACUGGGACUUUGCUUUUGCUCCUUCACUGGGUUCUCUUGUUGGCUGGUUAUUGAAAGAGGUGAAUACAGAAGGGCUGUUGUGUUUGGUGACAAAAGAUGGAAAGGUGAUUCGAGUAGACCAUGCAGCAACCACAGAUUCUUUCUUAGAAGUUCUUCUGCAGAAGUCUGCUUUUGAAACUGCCCUAAAGCUGUUAUCUUUGUUAACUUUAUAUGGUGGUGAACAAAGUGUUCCUUUGGCCCUCCUGAAGUGCUAUGCCUGCAAGGCGUUUGAAGCUUUUUCAAAAAGUUCCUUAGACAUGGAUUCAAUUGAUUACAAGAGUAUGCCAAGUGAUGUAAACACUGGUUCAGUGACAAGCGGGAGCAGACUUAAUAAAGCAAAGUCUGUUGCAUCGAGGUUUAUAAUAGAGUGUCUGGACUAUUUACCCCUUGAGUUCUGCCCUUUUGCUGCUGAUAUCUUGCUCUUUGGGUUGCAGCAGAUUGCUAAAGAUGCUGCUUCAGCUGUACUGAAUGAAUGCAAAAUGAUUAAACAUCGUGUGCUGCUUCAUGACAUUGGGUUUGCACUUGGUAUUGCGGAAUGGGUUGAUGAUUACUACUCAUUUUCUUCCUCUGCAUCAGCCACUAGCUUAUCAAUGUAUUCUGAAUCUUCUUUCCUACAAGGCUACAUCCCCGAGCUAAACACCAACUCAAAUCAAUUGCAAGCUCUAUCAACCAAAAGUUUGUUGUCUGAAGUUAAUAAUAUCUCCCUUGAGACAAUGCCACAUAGUGAUGAUGAUGGAGGAAUGUGUCAAACCAGUAAUGUUGCUUCUGUUCCAGUUGAUUGUUUGGGUGGAGGUCCAACAAAUCAGUUGUAUGACCUUGGUCCAGCCCAAGUUAUUGAAUCUAUAAGGCGGGAAGAAUUUGGUUUGAACCCAGACAUUUCAUCUGUUGAAAGUGAAAGGUUGACUAAGCAACAUGCACGGUUAGGCAGAGCACUCCAGUGUCUCUCUCAUGAGUUAUAUUCUCAGGAUUCACAUUUCCUUCUGGAAUUGGUUCAGAAUGCUGAUGACAACAUCUACCCAAAAAAUGUCGAGCCCACAUUGACAUUUGUUCUUCUGGAUAGGGGCAUUGUAGUGCUAAAUAAUGAGCAAGGUUUUUCCACCAAAAACAUCAGAGCACUUUGUGAUGUUGGGAAUUCCACGAAGAAAGGGCACAAUUCUGGAUAUAUUGGGAAGAAGGGCAUUGGCUUCAAAUCUGUGUUUAGGGUCACUGAUGCACCUGAAAUUCAUUCCAAUGGUUUUAAUGCUGGCGUAUACAGAUACUGAUCCCUUGACAUCUAACUGCUGGAAGACAUGCAUUCUCCUCCCCUUUAGAUCACACAUGUUAGUAGAUUCUGCUAUAAAAAACAUCGCAUCAAUGUUUUCAGAUCUGCAUCCAUCUUUGCUACUUUUUCUUAACCGCCUUCGAUGUAUCAAAUUUCGAGAUAUGCUCAGUAAUUCAUUUGUUGUUAUGAGGAAAGAAGUUGUUGGUGAUGGUAUUGUUAGAGUUUCCUGUGGAAAGGAAAAAAUGGUUUGGCUUGUAGUAUCCCAUAAGUUACGGGCUGAUGUCAUUCGCCCUGAAGUGCAAACAACAGAAAUAUCCAUGGCUUUUACGUUGCAGGAGACACUUGAUGGAAGCUACAUUCCAAACCUGAGCCAACAGCCUGUUUUUUCAUUUCUUCCUCUGAGAAAAUAUGGCCUAAAGUUUAUUCUUCAGGGUGACUUUAUUUUGCCUUCAUCCAGGGAAGAAGUUGAUGGAAAUAGCCCUUGGAAUCAGUGGUUACUCUCUGAGUUUCCUAAUCUGUUUAUUAGUGCAGAAAAAUCCUUUUGCAAUCUUCUAUGCUUUAGAAAUAACCCAGCAAAGGGCAUUGCAGUAUAUAUGGCUUUUGUUCCUAUUAUCGGGGAAGUGCAUGGAUUCUUUUCUUGUCUUCCUCAGAUGAUUCUUUCUAGACUGCGGAUGUCAAAGUGUUUGGUUCUAGAUGGCGAGGGGAAUGAGUGGGUUCUUCCUUGCAAAGUUCUGAGAAACUGGACUGAACAGGUUCGCACUCUUUUGCCUGAUAACUUGCUUCGUGAGCAUCUUGGGCUUGGAUAUUUGCAUAAAGAUAUAGUUUUAUCUGAUUCAUUAGCAAGGGCUCUGGGAAUUGAGGAGUAUGGACCCAAAAUUCUUAUCCAGAUUUUGUCCUCCUUAUGCUGUAAAGAGGAUGCCUUGAAAUCCAUGGGCUUACCUUGGUUAUCAGCAUGGCUGAAUUCCUUCUAUACGAUGUCAUUCCUAAACCCUGGGCAAAGUUCACCUGACUCUGGGAUAGGAUCAGAUAUCAUAGACUGCUUAAGGAAAAUUCGGUUUAUUCCUCUUUCAGAUGGUAAAUUUAGCUCAAUGGAUGAAGGUGCUAUUUGGUUGCAUACUGAUGCAUUAAACAUUGGUAGAAGUGACACAGAUGGUCUGCACAAUUUCCCUUUAGUGUAUGCUGGACUUAGAAUAGUGAAUUCUGCCUUAUUCUCUGCAGAUACAACUUAUGACACAUUGGGCUUUCGAGUGUCUUCAGUUGAAAAUAUAGCAAGGGUGCUAUACAGAGUUGGCGUCCAACAGUUAUCUGCGCAUCAAAUAAUAAAAAUGCACAUUCUUCCUCUUUUAUCUGUUGGUCAACACACCUUGGUACAUAACAAACUAAUGACUGAUUGUAUUUCUUUCAUGAUGUUCCACCUACAGUCAAACUGCUCCAACUGUUUUCUGGAAAGAGAUCUUAUCAUUGGUGAAUUACACAUCAAAGCUCCCAUUUUAACAAAUUAUGGUUACAGACGAUGUGCAGAGGUUCCAAUCCAUUUCAGUAAAGAAUAUGAUAAUCCUAUUGAUAUGAAGCACUUAGUAACAGGCACUAGUGUGGAGUGGUUUGAAGUACAAAGUGUGUAUUUAGAGCAUCCAAUUACAAAAUUGGUUCCAGGAGGAAUUUCAAAGUGGAGAAACUUCUUCAUGGACUUGGGGAUCACUGAUUUUUUAAAGAUUGUUCUGGUUGAGAAAAGCAUCGCGGAUCUCUCUCCCAUGGUCCUACAGAGUAUAACAUGUGAUAAAGAUUUAUUUUCUGAAGAGCCAAAUGUUAAAGAUUGGGAAUCUGAAGAAUUUAUUCAUUUCCUGUCACAACUAUCUACUAAUAACGAUAAAGAGAGGUCUAAGCAUCUAUUGGAGAUAGUUGAUUCAUUAUGGGAUGAUUGUUUCAGUGAAAAGGUUAAUGGUUUCUUUGUUAAAUCCAGUGGACAAAGGAAAGUAUUUGAAUCUUCAUUUGCUAGUAGCCUUCGUAGUGCUAAGUGGAUUGUUUCUAGCAUGGAUGGCGAUCUCCACUUCCCUCAAGACCUAUACUUCAAUUGUGAAUCGGUGCGAUCAAUUUUGGGUGACUCUGCACCUUAUGCUGUUCCAAAGGUGAAGAGCAAGAAGUUGGCGACUGCGCUUGGUUUGAAAACUCAGGUAACAAUUGACGAUGCCCUAUCUAUUCUGAAGGUUUGGAGAAGAUCUGAAUCAUCUUUUAGAGCCAGCUCAUUGCAAAUAUCUAAAUUCUACACUUACAUAUGGAAUGGAGUAUCCACUUCUGAGCUACGAGUUGUGAAUGAUCUAUGUGAUGGCCCUUUUAUAUUUUUCCCAAGCAUGUGUAGUUCUCAGCCUGAUGAUGCUGUAUCUGGUGUAUUUUUGUCAGCUAAAGAAGUCUAUUGGCAUGAUUCAACUGGUUUUUUGGAUCAAAUAAAAUUAAUCCGCCCUGAAUGUGCUGCAGAUUUGACUCUACGUCCUGUAUGUAGUGUGUAUCCCAGCCUUCAUGAUUUUUUUGUGACUCUGUGUGGAGUGGUUGAGUUCCCUCCUUUUUGUGGCUACAUUCAGAUUUUGCAGCAAUUGUCAGCUGUUACUUUGCCUUCACAGGUGGCUAAGACUUUUUUCCAGGUGUUUCUGAAGUGGUCUGAAGAAUUGGAAUUAGGCUCUCUUAGCUCUGAAGAUAUUGAAUCUUUGAAAGAUGACCUUCAACAGAAAGACUUUACUGUGCUCCCCACUGUACAUGAUAAAUGGGUAUCUUUGAAUCCAUCUUUUGGCAUCAUCUGUUGGUGUGAUGAUGAUAUACUGAAGAAAGAAUUUGAGGAUCAUGACAACAUCGACUUUUUACACUUCGGGAAACUUACCAGCGAGGAAAGGGAGUUGCUUCACUCGAAGGUGUCAAUUCUCAUGCAAAAGUUAGGCAUCCCUGCGCUUACAGAGGUUGUAACUCGUGAAGCAAUAUAUUAUGGUGUGUCUGAUUCAAGUUCUGUGGCUUCUCUGGUCAACUGGGUUCUUCCAUAUGCUCAACGCUAUAUAUACAACAAUCAUCCUGAAAUAUUUUCUCAGCUCAAGCAAUCUGAAUUUGAAAACCUGAAAUGUCUAAAAUUAAUUGUUGUGGAGAAGUUGUUCUACAGAAAUGUGAUUAAAGGACGCAAGAUGCCAUCCAGCAAAAGGUUCGAGUGCAACUCCCUUUUAAAGGACACUGUAUUGUAUGUUUCUCGAGGGUUAGAUUCACACUCUUUAUUUAUGGAAUUGUCUCGUCUGUUUACCGGUGGAACCCCUGAUCUCCACUUGGCCAAUUUUCUUCGCAUGAUCUUGACCAUGGCGGAAUCAAGUUUGCCCGAUGAGCAGACUGAACUUUUCAUUUUAAACAGCCAAAAAAUGCAAAAACUCCCAGAAGAAGAACCAGUAUGGUCCCUUCCAGACAGUGCAUCUUCAAUGGGAAAUCAAGAGGCACUGACGACUAACGUUGAAUCUGGAACAACAGAAGAGCCAAAUCCAGUCAAACCCAAACAGAGACCAGGAAAAAGUUUUCCUGGUAAUUGGCCACCCACAAAUUGGAGAAAUGCCCCUAGUUUUCCUUCCCCCCAUGUGUCUAAUUUAAAAGCACAACCGGGCAGUGAUGUGAAAAUAUUAAAUCAGGAUGAGGUGACAGAAAUCGUGAGGAAUCCCGAAAAGCAUCCCCAUGCUCCAAUCGACAUCCACUUUAGGGGACUUGUUGAAGAUAUUUCAACAACCGCCAGUGCACCUGGGGUGGCGGGUGUACCAGAUUCUGAAAUUUCACAAGAUAAUAUAUCAUCAGAAGAGGUGAGUAUGUGCUUGGAGUCUUUUCCUGCUGUGACUACUCUAGAAGCUGGUUCUGGUUUGGUUUCAAAUGUGAGCGAUAGUGGUCAGCUAUCUCUUACCAGCACAUCCAGCUCAGUAAAAGGACAACAGGCAAUGUUGACUGGCAGGCUUGGAGAGUUUGUUGCCUUCAAAUACUUCAUUGGAAGUGUUGGAGAAAAAUCGGUGAAAUGGGUGAACGAAACAAUUGAGACCGGGUUGCCUUAUGACCUUUUAGUAGGAGAUAAAGAAUAUGUAGAGGUGAAGGCAACCAAACAGCUGAGAAAGGAUAAGUUCAACAUAUCCACAAGGGAGUGGCAAUUUGCAGUCGAAAAGGGUGAACUUUACAGCAUUGCACUUGUUGUUUUAUCGGCAGCUAACCAUACAGCAACAGUCAAAAUAUACAAAAAUCUCGCCAGACUUGUCCAGCUUGGUAAGGUGCAGUUGACCCUUGAACUCCAUUAAAAAAUUUCCUUUCUUUUAUAGAUCUACUCCCCCGAAUGUUAGAUUCUUUAGAUCCUUAAUCAGUUUCCAUCCAAAUGUCGUCUGUAAAAAUUUAAAAUGUUUGUUGCACGGGCAAAAGUGAAAUAAAGGGAUUUGUGGUCUCUGUUAUUUCUCUCUUCUGCAUAAAUCUC